CGGGCCCGGCGCCCUCGGGAGGCCCAAGCCCCCGCCAUGCCCCAGCCCCGACGAGGCCCAGGCCCCGGCCUGGUCCACCUCGGAGGCCUCUAGGACCCGGAGGCGCCGGCCGGCGCGCUCGGCUCCCACAAAUAGACUCCUGGGCGGGCGCCUGAGCCCCAAAAAUAGAUCCUCAGGGCGGACGCCCGAGCCCCAAAGACAGACUCUCCGGCGGGCGCCAUGGGCUCGGGAGAAGCGGGUCACCGCGGGGCCGCCUCGCCGGUACCGCCGCCUUUCGCGCGCGUCGCGCCCUCUCUCUUCCUCGGGAGCGCGCGCGCCGCGGGCGCGGGGGAGCAGCUGGCGCGCGCAGGCGUCACGCUGUGCGUCAACGUCUCCCGCCAGCAGCCCGGCCCGAGCGCGCCCGGCGUGGCCGAGCUGCGCGUGCCCGUGUUCGACGACCCGGCCGAGGACUUGCUGGCGCACCUGGAGCCCACGUGCGCCGCCAUGGAAGCCGCGGUGCGCGACGGCGGCGCCUGCCUCGUCUACUGCAAGAACGGCCGCAGCCGCUCGGCCGCCGUCUGCACCGCCUACCUCAUGCGGCACCGCGGCCUCAGCCUGACUCAGGCCUUCCAGAUGGUGAAGAGCGCUCGCCCGGUAGCGGAACCCAACCCGGGCUUCUGGUGUCAGCUCGAGAAGUAUGAGGGGGCCCUCCAGGCGCAGUCCUGCCUGCGGGGAGCGCCCCAGCCCUAGGCGUGGGUCCUGAAGCCUGAAGACGGGGCCCCGGGGGCCUGCUGCCUGGAGGAACGCUCCUGCACCCACACAGCAGGCAGCCUUUCCCCCGUCACGCGAGCUUUCCUUUCUGUGUGCGUGAAACCAUGCUUUCAAUUUUAUAUUUCUGGCUGAGCUGAGGAACAAAUUAUCUUACGGAUACAAAGAAAUACAUACGAAAAACACCGAAGACAAAUUAAGAAAAGCAAAGGGGUCCUUCAUUAUUUACACCCAGGAAUCUUGAGUAUUUGGGAGUGCGGGCGCGUUCCCCCAGCCCCACCGAAGGACCCGAGCACAGACUACGGAAUCAGAAUCUGAGUCAUAGGUGGAAUCAGGAAAAGCAGCUCCUCUUGCGUUUAUUUUUAGUGGUGUCAUAAGAACGGACUAGUUGUUCCUGCCUGACCACAGAUGCUUCUGUUUGAGAAAAUGCACACCACGUGGGACGCUUCUGUCAGGAGAGCAGUUGAUGCAGACACUGUUGAAGGGCAGCUUGGGUGACUGCGAUUCCUGCCUUCAGCGGCCCCUCUGCAGUGGCGCUGGAGCUGUCCCACAGGAGUCAGGGCAAUGAUGGACACCCUUUUUCUGUUACUGGAGAACCCCAGGACAUUAAGAAUUUCGAAAGUGAAUUCUUCUCCCAUAGCUUCUGUGGUGACAGAGUAUGGUGUUCCUGUAGUGACAAUAAAGCCAGCUUUUUUUUUGCUCCUUUCA